AAAGCUAAUCCAAUUGUGUAAAGCAAAUAUACAUCAGACCAAUUUCAUCGUUAUCGAUUAGAAUUCUUGUAACAGUAUGAUGGAAAUACAAUAAGAUUGACAUUUAAACCUCAACAACUUUCUACUCUCCUAGACGUCUUCAUGACCUAACAGCCUUUUCCAGAAGGAUGCCAAAAGUUAGUAUUAAAUAAAUCCCCCGGACAUGAAGGAACACCAUUGCUUGAGAUCCCCCAAGUUUAGAAACCUCCUAAAUCUGCUCCUAUGAAAUCGUGAAACCAAACCAUUUUUACUAUAAAGGAAAAAGUGGAAUUUUACAAGAGAGAUCGUCCUCCUCCUAGUCAUGAACACCUUCUUCAAUGUUUAAGAACCUCUUUCUUCUAAACCAAGCAAGAUCUAUUUAUGGAUAAGAGAAGGGAGAAUGCUGGAUGGACUCCAGUUCCACAGUUCGGAGGGUGGGACCAAAAAGGACCAAAUGAUGCUACAAACUACUCGGUUGUCUUCUCCCAAGCUCGCGCUAACAGGAAGCAGAACAAAGCUGUUGUGAGACAUUCUAGUUUGGGAAGCGAACAAGAACUCAUGGCAAGUGUUCGUCGGAACCACCAGCAACUUCACCAUCGCCAUGAAACCCAAGAUGAUGACCCUGUCAUGAAGAAGAAGAGGAUCUUGACCUACAUAAAUUGUUGUAUCAGGCCAAACUAGGGCCUUGUUCUUCUACAAAGUCGGAAUCUUUCUCUCUUCAGCGAUAUAGCAAAUAUUUGUCUCAGUGUGUAAAGAUCGAGAUUAGUGUAACGUUUCUGUAAUCUUCUUUAUCACAAAAAAAAAAAAAAAAACGUUUUCUGUAAUCUAUGUGCAUCAUCUGUUAAAAUAUUCCUGGUUGUGGAUACAUUUUUACUUGUGCCUACAUGAUAUGAGAGCAAGAUAAUACAUGACUUAAUCACA